UUGACGGCGGGUGGUUAUGAGCAUGCGCGGUCGCCUCUUUCCCCCGCGAGUCCGGGCCAUGGCCGCCGCCGCCGCCGCUGUUGUUGUUGUUGUGGGGCGCCGCUUGCUCCGUGCCCCCGGCUGCAGGCGCCUGCCCCUCCUCCAGAACUACACCAAUUCUCCAAGUUCCGAUCCUAAAUAUCCAGGAAUUAUAGAGUCAACAGAGGAGUUUCAGUUUGUGGAGCGAUUGAUUCCACCGACCACAGUACCUGUUCCUCCGAAACAUGAUCGCUACCCCACGCCAUCAGGAUGGUGCCCACCUCGAGAUCCACCCCCUGACUUGCCGUACAUGAUCCGGCGUUCCAGGAUGCACAAUCUCCCCGUUUAUACAGACAUCACUCACGGCAACAGGAAGAUGACUGUCAUUCGGAAAAUAGAGGGUGAUAUUUGGGUGCUCGAGAAGGACAUGAAGAAAUUCCUUGAACAAACCACGGGCAAGACUCCCCUCACGCAAGUUAAUGAGGUCGCAAUGAGCAUCCGGGUCAAAGGUUAUUUUGACAAGGAACUGAAAUCCUGGCUGAUGGAGAAGGGCUUCUAAGUCUGUGACUGUGUUCGCUGCCUGUGCCCGAAAAUGUGAUUCUGUUCACUAGAAGGAGCCAUUGUUUCUAAAAUAAAAAAAACUACCCGUACCAUUGUUAGGCCCAGAUUGUGAUAAAAUGCAGAGCAGUCCAUUAAAUUAAUUGUUUCAGCCACCUCCCCAGAAAUUCAUUUUCUUUUACUCUGAAAGGAAUCUACUGAAGUCAACUGAUCGUUGAGAAUGACCAACACCUGCAGCCGUCCAAACUGCACCCUACCUUGAUUUUAAACAGUACGGUUGCUGGAUCAUAAUCCUGGAACCCGGUUUCUUGGCAGCCCUGCUGAUUGGACUGUGGCGGUUGAAGAAGACAGCACACCAAAACCUUCUCCAGUGGGUGUGAUGACAGAGGCUACGCCCUGUUGGUGACAUCCCCACGCUGUGAACAGACAUUAGAUUUGGAAAAAAACCCACGCAACACCAGCCCAGGCAAACUAGUCAAGAUUGAAGUGGACGUGGUUAAAUUAUCGGAAUUGUCAGUGUGUGGGUUUGGAAUUGGUUUAAUUCCUCUUGUUCAGACUGGAAGGAUACGACGAGUGAAUGCGGGGAACUUGUGUGAUGAUGCUGGGCCUCGAUAAGUUGUUAGGUGGGCCACUUAGCCGUAGUCGUAGAGUCAUGCCGCAUAGAAACAGGCCCUUCAUACCAACUCGUCUGUACCAAUCAGGUUUCCUGAACUGAACCAGCCCCGUUUGCCUGCGUUACAGUGGGAAGCUGGCUCUGCAUAGCAAGAUACAGGUCUGUUACGCGUGCCUCCUAAACAUGGACAUCCCGUACAGAAGUGAGUGCUGGAUCACACAGAGCAGGGUCUGAGGGGAGAGUAAAGUCUUCCCAUUCUGCUUACCAUAUUCUGAGAGCAAAUGGUAAGCUCAGCUGCUGAGUUCAAUUACACUUUCUCAAACACUGAUUCCACGUGUGGCUUCUCUAUCUGCAGCAGCGACGACAACUUGUGUUUCUCUGGCUCUUUACUGUACCGACCUUGUUAUCACUGUGCUUGGCUGCAAGCUUGUAAUAUAACUGAAGCAAGGACCUCUUUCUCCUAAAGUGAUCUCCAUCCUUACUUUCAGUGGAGGGGGGAAAGCUCCAUCGCAGCUAGUGUUGAUUACCACAGCAGCUAUUUCGUUUCGGGCCUUUAGGACUGACCGUGAUCCUGCCCAUAACUCGCAAUUAUGAUAUUUUUAUUAGUUCAAGGAGUUGAGGCCAUUCGCAGUAUCUUUGCUUUUGUCCCAGUUAGACUAAGAUUAAACCGGAGAUAUCCUUAA